AUGACUAUUUUCUUUUUAAUUGAUCGUGAUCAUGGUCCUACUGAUCCAGGCAUUCCUGGUGUGCCAGGUGUUCCUGGCCUGCCUGGCGAUCCUGGUGUGCCUGGUGACCCAGGACUUCCUGGUGACCCUGACGUACCUGUUCUGCCCGAUGAACCUGAUCUGCCUGAUGAACCCGAUCUACCCGGUGAACCUGGUGUGCCCGGUGAUCCUGAUCUGCCUGAAGAUCCUGGUCUACCUGGUAACCCAGGACUACCUGGUGAUCCUAAUGAUCUUUGUGUUCCUUGUCUGCCUGGCGAUCCUGGUGUGCCUGGUGACCCAGGACUUCCUGGUGACCCUGACGUACCUGAUCUGCCUGAUGAACCUGAUCUGCCUGGCGAUCCUGGUGUGCCUGGUGAUCCAGGACUGCCUGGUGACCCUGGCGUACCUGAUUUGCGUGAUGUUCCUGGUCUGCCUGGCAUUCCUGGUGUGCCAGGUGUUCCUGGUCUGCCUGGCGAUCCUGGUGUGCCUGGUGAACCUGGUGUGCCCGGUGAACCGGAUCCUGGUCUACCUGGUAACCCAGGACUACCUGGUGAUCCUAAUGAUCUUUGUGUUCCUUGUCUGCCUGGCGACCCAGGACUUCCUGGUGACCCUGACGUACCUGAUCUGCCUGAUGAACCUGAUCUGCCUGGCGAUCCUGGUGUGCCUGGUGACCCUGGAGUACCUGAUUUGCGUGAUGUUCCUGGUCUGCCUGGCAUUCCUGGUGUGCCAGGUGUUCCUGGUCUGCCUGGCGAUCCUGGUGUGCCUGGUGUGCCCGGUGAACCGGGUGUGCCUGACGAUCCUGAUCUGCCUGGACCUACCGCAUUUUCUUCGAACGGUGACCUUCGGUUUCUUAUUGGUUCAUGCAAUUCAGUGAAAUCUGAUGAGUCAAUAUUGUCGCUCAGGCUAGAAGCAAUUAAUGCCAACACAAAUAUAAUUAUUACGAAUUUCAUUUUCACUUGUGUUGACGGUUGA